ACUUGCUCCUCUUCCCCACAGCAUGAAGUGGUAUCGCUGGCGGAGAAGGUGGUGCUGCGUGCUGAGGACGUUAUCGGGUGGAUGAGGGCAGCUGUGGGCGUCAAAUGGGACACUGGCUUGUUGGGGGUGUAUGGCCCACCCUCACAGGACCCUGCCAAUGAUGCCCUCUACACACCACCCAUUUCGGGAGCACUGGACAUCGAUGAGGUGCUCAGGGAGAAAAAGUUAAUAGGAGAUGUGGUGGAGCCCAACAGCGUACACGUCAUCAUCUUAGCCUUCGACAAGUACUGCCGCAUUCGUGGUCUGCUCAAGCGCUUGGAGGGUGUGGAGGAGGAGUACAUGCGGAGUCGGAUAGUGGUUGCACUCGGGGGCUUCGUGGUGCCUUCCAGGAGAACUCGGAUGCUCUUCUGCAGAGACGUGUUCGACUACCCAGAGCUGGAGGGACACGACCUGCUGUGUAACCACCUAUCCCACAUGCUGCCCACAACCCCUACAGCACCCAAACUUCAGGGUCGGCCAAGAAAGAAGAGAAAGAAACCGACAGACUCAGAAUCAGAAUCCUCAGAAACCUCAGAGGACAUCAGGCCCAGACUCAAGGGGAAGCCUGGCCUCACAGCGAAGCCCAAUGGGUUGCGAGUGCUUGACCGCAAAAGUAGUUCUCGCACACACACACACUUGGCGCCGGUCAAAAAUGACUUUACGCCGGCCUUGAACCGCCUGAUAGAGGUUGAUUUCAUGUCCAAGCUUAACAAGUUCAUGAAGGACCGAAGCACACCCAUCACCAGAUUGCCACACAUAGGAUAUAAGCAGUUGAACGUCUUCGAGCUGUUCACCAGAGUGCAGCAGCUUGGGGGCUACGAGGCUGUGGGGGAGAAGAAACUGUGGAAGCAGCUUUACGAGGAGCUCAGUGGCAGCUCUUCCUCCUCCCACCCUCCACAGAGUGCUCAGUCCUACGCCAGUAUGAUGAAACGGCACUACGAAAGGCUAUUGCUGCCCUACGAAAAGUUCUUAUUAGCGGAACAGAAGAAACUCUUGGGUAUCGGCUCCCCCAAGCCCAGCAAAGUCAAGCCCGAGCCUGGGGAGCCCUCCGUGUCCAUAUUACAACAGCAUGUGCCAAGUGACCACAAGCCCUCUCCCAAGUUUGGGAUCAGCUGUCCCCAGUUGAUGCCCCCUCUCGCUCCUCCUGGCCACCUUGGAGGGGUUCAGGAGGUUCAUGGGUUGGCCAGUGGGCCUCACCCUGGGUCUAUAGGUGCUUCACCCCCUGUGGGCACUCCACCCCGAGCCAGCCCUGCACCACCCAACUCAGUCAGUCCUCCCACCACACCCACGGAGCUGGCGGUUCCAAAGGUCCACACCAAAAAGGAAGGAAACACCAUCCCGGCAGACCUCGCCAAACGGCCGGAGAUCACCAUCACGCCCAUUCCUCGGUCCAUGGGUCCGCUGGGGAUACCUGAGGGACUCCCGGGCAUCCUGGACCCCACCCUCUCUGGCAUGCCUCCGGGAUUACAGUUAGCAGACUUGAUGGCCUUGGAAGGACUCAAAACAACACUAGGAAUGUCAGCCCUCCAGGAUCUUGCUAAAAUUGCAGAGAGAUAUGAGAAGCCAUUGCAUGAACCUGCAACAAAGAGAUUGAAAACAGACAGCAUGAGGGUCAACGGUACCAGUUCAAGAGACAAAGAUAGCGGACGUCCAUCUGUGAUUCAAGAACCUCCAUUAGUCAAACCACACCUGCCUGCAGUACCCGGACUUGUUCCUGCAGAUGUCUUAAGACAAAUGAACCUGUUAGACAACAGUGCUAAGCUGCUUCUUCCAGCACACCAGAGCAACAAAACAAUAAGUGCAUUAGCUCAACUCUUACCACAAACCAGCAUCUUCCCAGCACCAGCCCCUGCAGCACACCAGCACCACGUGACCAAGUCCCUACGGGACGCGGUUGGACCUGAACCUCCGAGGGUCUUCCAGUCUCCGUCUGUGUAUUCACAAUCUAAACACAUGUAUGGCAAACCCACAACAGAUGUUAGAGACUUCUGUAAAGACAGUAAGAGCACUAGUCCUGAAAUAGAAAUAUUGGAUCUUAGUCGUGCAUCAGGAAACAGAAAUGGAAGAUCUACCAGCAAACAAGAAAGGCCAGAAAUAGAACUACUAGAUUUGUCCACUAGAAGAGACAUAACUGUAUCCUCUAUUGCUAAACCAGGUACAAGUAAAAAUUGUAAUACUAGUAGGAUUCCUCCCCCACACGUGAGCAUAAAGUCGUCAGACCCACUCCCUAGACACUCACCUAGUAAGAAUCCUUCAGCAGCAGCAGCAGCGGCAGCAGCUGGAAUGUCUGCAGCAGCACUUGCAGCGGCUGCCCAAGGAUUGCCCCCAGGCCUGAGCCUGGCUCCUGCACUACUCCCGUACCUGAACCCAAUGCUUGCCCCUGGGGUGAAGCCAGCCUCAGGGGCAGGGGGGCCUCCUCUCUCAAUGUUUCCCUUUAUGGACCCCACUGCACUUGCUGCCUAUUACAGUAUGUUGCCUCACAGUCUAAUUCCCACAACCAGUACUGGGGGCGGCGGUAGUGGCAGCUCAGCAUCAGCAGUUCACCACAUGGCACAAGCCCACCUACAACUCAGCUCACUGGGGCUUCCGGGUCUAUCAGGUCUUUCGCCUGAUGCUCUAAAUAGCUUAGGAAUGUACAAGAAUUUUCUUCCUCAAGGUACUAACCUUCCCGCCCCACACUUUCUCUCGGGCCUCAUGUCACCGCACGGCCACAACCCGCCCACCACCAAGUAAUAUCACAGCCAAAUCAGUCAUCAUCCCAUCCAACCGUGUUCACUCAUCCACACUCCAAUCACCUGCCACAUCAAAAGUUUUAUUGACAUUUCUAUUGAUUUUAAUCAUCAUCCAAAUGACAAAAAUAUUUUCCAUCAGCCAUACCUCAGUUUCGACAUGAUCAAACUAUUCCUCCCAGUAUGCUUGAAUCCAUACAUAUGUUUCCUGAAGAUAUACCUCUCUCCUCACGUCUGCGUCAUCUCAUCCGCCGCCUCACCUCAUGGGUCACCCUCAUGCUCACCGUCACACCACUACCACAGCCCUACCAUUCCUCACAGUGUGUUGGGGGAAGAGUGGAAUAAGAUUGUUUCUGCCAAUCUUGAGAAAUAAAACUUAUUUUUCAUGAUUUUUAUUCAUAGAUAUUGCUCAACUUAUGAUUAUGAUCCUCAGUAUUAGGUAAUGAUUUCAGAUUUUUUCUCUGAACUCUGUUUUCAGUUUGUGAAUGAAAUGUGUAGAUAUUAAAAGAAAUCAGAAUUUACUUCUUGGUUUUAAAUUUAAGUGAAUCCUUUUCCCCUUGAUUUCCCAACUCUAUAAAAACAAACUGAGGAACUAAACUAUCUUGAGAAAACAUGAGAAAUAAGUUUUACCAAUAAAUGAAAAAGAAAGGAAACCUUGAAAAGUCCUGAGAGGAGGGGCUCUUUUGGUACCUGGUUUAGAAUAAGGUUUUCUUGGGUUCAGUAAGUGCCUAGUUUGUUUUAUUUUCUCAGAUUACGACAAGGAAAUAAUUGUGAAUUGUAUAUAAGUAUGGAAAUUAAAAUCACGACUUUUUAAUUUUUUAUGAUAAUGUAAAGGAUUAGGCUAGUUAUUUUUUGUAAUGACAUAUAGUAGUCAUAGCCAGAAAGACAUUACAGUAGUUUUUUUCUUUUUCUUUUUAAAAAAAAUCGUAGGAGACUGGCAGUUAAAGUGUCCAUUCUUGGGUCCUGCGCCGAGCUUGGUCACGACUACCUCGGGUGUCAUGAUGCACAUUCAGAAGUUCACUUGAGAGGUGAAUCCCUGAUAAUGGAAUAUUCAACUAGUGAUCAUCAAUGGUCUUGUCUCGACACUACCAUCAUUUGAACCGUGAAUCAAAGAUGAAAAAAGAGCUUCACCAUCAAAAGUAGGAAGUCUUAGUCCCCAAAAUAUUUAUUAGACUGUUUGUGAUCAUGUGUUCAAUUUUCUGUAUUCAGAAACACCUCAAAUAGUGUGUAAUAUGUUUCUCUAUGAGAAUCUUUUUAAGUACUUCUAACUUGUAGAUAUGUGUAUGUUGAAUAAAGAAUGGUCCUUCCAUAAGUGUUAUAUUGUAUCUCGACUGACCAAAGAUUAUUUCCUCAAAUAGCAUUCAUUCUUUGUACAUACCUGUGCAAAUUUUAAUUUACAUAAUCUGUAAAUACUGAAAUGGAUUUUAUUGAACAUAGAAAGGACCAAGUACCGUUAGGAACAUGAACAAAGAAGCAGGAAGGUGAUUAACCUUUCAAUGCCUGAUUUGUUCUUAUCUCUGGAAGGUUUGGUAAUUCUUACCUGAAGCAUUACCUUUUGUACCAAUGUAAGGAAAACAUUGAUGUAAUAAACAAAUUCCAUUGGA